AUGGCCGAUGCUAUCCCACCUCACCCACAGGGCGACUCGGGUUCUGAUUUGAGCUCGUCCUACGAGGUGCUCGCUCUCUUGAUCCAUGCCUACAUGGCGGCACUCAAGUUUAGACUUCAGGGAUUUAACGAAGACACGAGGAUCGCCAAAGUCGAAGUGCGCGGUCUUGCGGUUGGGGACGACAAAAUCUACCGUUUCGAGAGGAACAUUCGCGAUGUCGUGCGCUCAUCCGGCCUGCCGGUUCGUAUCAAGCUGAACGAGGACGGCUCCGAAGAUCGAUCUGGCCUGGCCGGUGAGCUGAAGAAGCUAUUCGUGUCUGACCAGGCUCUGGAAGAAAUCCUCGAUGAGUUCAAAGUCAAGAUUGUGCAAAAGUUUAUUCCAAAACUCCAACUCGAUGGCUACGAAGAGACCCCUGAUAGGGAUUCCGGACCUUCCGGGACGGACCGGCCCCGCCCGGCUGACAACUUUCCCCGCCAUCCCCGCCAUCCCCUCGAGGAUCCCCGCCCACAGCCCGGCCAUCCUUACCCCAUCAACGACCCACUCGCGGCCCCGCCACCCCGCCGGCCUAUCCCAGGCGACUUCCCGCCUCCGGAUUUCGAAGACGAGCACGAGAUUAACACUCGGCCGCGGGGCCCCAUCGCCCCAGGAUCAUCGCCCUUCAAUAUCGGCCACGAUGACCUCUAUCCCAGUGGUCUCGGACCUCACGACCCCAUCCGCUCUUCCCUGAUCGGCCAGGGUGGGCUCCUAGGCCGGGUGGAUUUGGGGGAUGCAUCCAACUUUGACGAUCCAUUGUUCCAAGGACCGGGCGGGAACCCAAGCGGUGCGCAGGGGUUCGACCCCAAGCACCUCCCGGAGCCAGGUGGGAUCCCGUCGGGCCUGGUGGCGGGCCGAGGCCUAGACAGGGCGGCCGCGGUCCCUUUGGAGGAGGAGGAGGUUUUGGGGGAGGCUUUGGGGGAGGUUUUGGCGGGGACAUCAUCUGAAAUUGACAGGGAUGGAUUGAUGCUUGUAUGA